GCCACUCCAGGCACUCACCACACUGUUAGGCACCUAUUGACUUUGAAAUAUCUCUGGACGGGGCUGCCUUUUCUUUUCUUUUUUUUUUCUCUUACAUCUCUCACCUCCCGUUCUUGCAGUGACGACGAUCGUUCGCAAGACUCAACCACCCCGCUACCGAACAUUCAUCGACCAUCUCAUAUCGAAAGAAUACAUUAUCCCCUUAAAAUGGACGGUUCCUCCCUCCCUUACACCUGCAACACCUGCCUGGUCGCUUGGCGCAGCAGCCAGGUCCAGCGUGAGCACAUGCGCACAGACUGGCACUUGUAUAAUGUCAAGCGCCGUGUCGCCUCUCUGCCCCCCGUUUCGCUGCCAACAUUCAACGAGAAAGUCCUCGCUGUCCAAGCCUCAUCCACCGCCGCGGCUGCCAAGGCAUCCUUCGAAAAGACCUGCGUUGCCUGCCAGAAGACAUUCUACAGCGAGAACUCGUGUCAGAACCACAUCAAGAGCUCGAAACACAAGUCGCGCGAGGCACGGAUGAGCAAGGAGCACGCCGAUGAUGCCUCCUCAGUUAUGAGUUCGACCUUUUCGCUUGGAGAGCCGAUUAACAAGACCCAAGAGAAUGACGAUGUCGCCAAGGCUACCGACAGCCUGAAGGCAGCAACGAUUGAAGAGGGGGAUGAACAAGAAGAGGAGCCUGAUAACGGAGAGUACUCGUCAUCUCGCUGCCUGUUCUGCAACAACAAGGAAUCCGACAUCAACACCAACAUCGAGCACAUGCUCAAGAGCCACGGCAUGUUCAUCCCGGAGAAGGAUUACCUCGUCAACCCUGAAGGUCUUAUUAAAUGGCUGUACCGCAAGAUCAACGAGAACAACGAAUGUCUCUACUGUCACGCAAUCCGGAACAACCCCGCUGGCGCCCGCACACACAUGCGCGACAAGGGCCACUGCAUGAUUGCUUUCGAAACCGAAGACGAACAGAUCGAGAUCGGCCAAUACUACGACUUCAGAAGCACCUACUCUGACGACGAUGACGCUGAAUCGACCACCAGCGACGUCGCAGAAGGCGGCGUCAAGGUCACAUCAGAAGGCGACGACGACGGCUGGGAAACCGACGCCUCCUCCGUCGACGAAGACGAAGAAGAAGAGGAGCAGAAACUGGCCCUCAGCCGCAAGAACAAUGCCGUCGUCCUCGAGGACGAAUUCGAACUCCACCUCCCCUCCGGCCGUACAGUCGGCCACCGCUCCCUCGCCAAGUACUACCGCCAGAACCUGCACAACUACCCGACGCCCUCUGAACGCGAAGAACGCCAACUCGCCAUUGAAAACGGCGAGAUCGAACCCGAACAACCCAAGCCCAGAGGCCGCAACCUCAACCGCGCGGUUGUUUCCCGCGCCAACGGUGGCUCGGGCAUGGUCGGUAUUCCGGAGGAGCAGAGACGGACCGUUACCAAGACCGAGCACAAGCAGAAUGAUCGUGCUCAGCGACAAGAAUUCAGAUACCGUGCCCGUAUUAACAGGGCUGCUAACCACCAGAAGCACUACCGGGAUCCCCUCCUGCAAUGAUCCUGUGCGCAAGUGGAGGAAAUUGGUUUCUCAUGGUGGUCUCUUUUACACCAUUAUUGUUAUGUUUCUACGUUUUAUCUGUUUACGAAUCCCUCUCUCUAUCCUGCAUAUGUCUUUUCCUUGAGUGUUUAUGUUCGAGGAGCAUGGUGUUUAUUCCCAUAUGAGAAAUGAAAAAGUGUUUUUCUUGAAUUCAAAAUCAACAUAUUAUCCUGCAG